UGAAUGAAAUUGAAAUUGCUGGUAUAUUACAUGUGCAAUACGGGGAUCUGCAGUGUUACAUUGUAUCUAUCAUACUAUAUCAAAAUGGCCACAGUGGUACAGAACCCCCUGAAAUCGCAAUCUGGAGGAACAGUCAUUAAGAACAGUCUGGGCGAGGAGUUCUACAGAGAGGCCAUCGAGCACUGCCGCAGCUACAAUGCCCGCCUGUGUGCUGAGCGCUCCAUGCGCCUGCCCUUCCUGGACUCCCAGACCGGCGUGGCACAGAGCAACUGCUACAUCUGGAUGGAGAAGAACCACCGCGGCCCAGGUUUGGCCCCAGGACAGCUGUAUACUUAUCCUGCGCGCUGCUGGCGCAAGAAGAGACGGCUAAACAUUCUGGAGGACCCGCGCCUCGGACCCAUUGAGUUUAAGAUCGACUACGAGGCGUCUCUGAAGAAGGAAGGGGGCUUGCCGGAGGGGCCGGUGUUGGAAUCACUGCUCAGUGGAGAGACUCUGGACAAGAAGGUGGAAACUAAGGAAGAGGAACCUAUGAGCGAGUGCCAGAAGUUGCUGGUCGGUGAUUUCCCCCAUGAACUGGAAGCGGAGGAGAUGGAAGAGGACGUCCCCAAACGCAAGAACCGCAAGAACCGCGAAGGACGGGCCUGUGGUGUAGGGGGUAUGAGGAAGAGACAAGAACCCAGCACCAUUGAGGACAGGGACAAGCCGUACGUCUGUGACAUCUGUGGGAAGCGCUAUAAAAACCGUCCGGGCCUGAGCUACCACUACACUCACACACACCUAGCGGACGAGGAGGGAGAGGAGGACUCUGAGCGACACACCCUGCCCUUCCAGCGCAAGAACAACCACAAGCCUAAGAAAGCUGCAGAUGGGUCGGUCAUCCCUAACGGCUACUGUGACUUCUGCCUGGGCGGCUCCAAGAAGACCGGGUGUCCCGAGGACCUCAUCUCUUGUGCCGACUGUGGACGCUCAGGCCAUCCGUCCUGCCUGCAGUUCACAGUCAACAUGACGGCAGCCGUACGGACCUACCGCUGGCAGUGUAUCGAGUGCAAGUCCUGCAGCUUGUGUGGCACCUCUGAGAAUGACGAUCAGUUACUAUUCUGUGAUGACUGUGACAGAGGCUACCAUAUGUAUUGCCUGAGCCCCCCUAUGGCGGAGCCCCCAGAGGGGAGCUGGAGUUGCCAUCUGUGUCUGCGGCAGCUUAAAGAGAAGGCCUCGGCCUACAUCACCCUGACCUAAUCUACCACGCUACACCGCCCAUCCGCACUCCCCCCCAACAA